CUUCAAGGGAACUUCAUUCUUCCUUCACACGGACGACCACCAACGGCUUGGCAGCUACCUUGGUCAAGAAAGCGUAGAACAUCAGCGAACUUGAAUCCUCGUCCACUCAGCUUCCCCCAUUCAGAUUUAGAACGGAGAGUCGGACUGGUGUCAAAAUGCCGCCAACUAAGCUUCCAGAGUCCGGGAACCCUCUAGUGUUCUUUGACAUCACUUUAGGUGGUGAGCCUCUCGGCCGUAUUACUUUUGAACUCUUCAAGGACGUCGUCCCUAAGACGGCUGAAAACUUCCGCCAGUUCUGCACUGGCGAGUCCAAGAACCCGGCUGGUCGCCCACAAGGCUACAAGGGGUCCAAGUUUCACCGCAUCAUUUCCGGAUUCAUGUGUCAAGGGGGCGACUUCCUCAAUGGUGACGGCACAGGCUCCAUCUGCAUCUACGGCACCUCAUCCUUCGCAGAUGAGAAUUUCAAGUUGAAACACGACCUGCCCGGCCUGCUUUCCAUGGCCAAUGCCGGCCCCAACUCCAACGGCUCCCAGUUCUUCAUCACGACGGUGCCCACUCCCUUCCUCGAUGGGAAGCACGUCGUCUUCGGCAAGGUCGUCGAUGGCUUUGAUGUCGUGAAGAAGAUGGAGGCCACCAAGACUGGUUACCGCGGCAAGGAUGUCCCCAAUAUGGACGUUGUCAUUGCCCAGUGCGGUGAGAUGUGAGCGGUGACUGCAACCCCGAGAUGCGGGAGCUGGUAGGGCGGGGAACGAAGGAUGGAUUUAUACCAUGAUCGUGCUAGGCAAUCCCAUGGGAACCUGUGAUUGGCCAACUACAGGCGGAGAGGUGCAGAGAAUGUGCCCAGCCAAAUUGUCGGUGCUCUAGCACAGCUUUGGUGGUUAAUAUGCCCAUAAGGAAGAGUCAUGAUCGGUGUCAUUGGCAUGACUGGGAAUUUGGCACCUUUUUCAGAGAUUGGAUCAUCGGCUAGCAUUUCGUACAAGAGAAACGAGUUGUAAAUGGUCUGUGACAAGGAGCAGAGAUCUUGCCUGUCCCGCAGCAGUCAGACAUUGCAUGACGACGCAAACAUUACUAUUAUAAUACGCCCAGAGCUCAAAGUUUCUUUCCCGGUUUGCCAUCCCCUGAUAUCUUCUACAAGGACAAUAUUUCGA